GGCUUUCCAUCUCCAAACCUGGAACUUCCCUCUAUCCCCAGCAUCGAAUUGUGCGACCACCCAACUUCACCAAACCCAGGCCAUCACGUUAAACCAGCACAAUGACCACAGCUCACAGGCCUACAUUCGACCCGGCCCGUGGCAAGGAAGCCCUCCGCGGACCAGCCUACCACCAGCGCCUCCUCCCAGCCUACACGCAGCUCAAGUUCAGACAACCGGGCCAAGGCGGCGACGCCGACUCUUCCACGCGCGACCUGCGCGCCGAGCUCGAGGCCGCCGAGGCAGCACACUACGCGAAGCUCAAGGGCGCGCCCAUCCCCGGCGCCUCCGACGACAGCGCGCCCGAUUCCUCCUCCACCAACAAACGCCCCAUCGCCGCAGUCACCUCCCACGGCGAAAAAGCAACAGACGAGGACGAAGACCCGGACGCCAAACGACGACGCAUCCUAGCCGAGACCCGCGACAUCGACGCGGACGACAGCGACUCCGGGUCCGGGUCUGGUGGGGACGACAGUGCAGACGACUCGGAUGAGUCGUCGGAUGACGACGACGACGCGGAGCUGCAGCGCGAGCUGGAGCGGGUGCGGCGCGAGCGCAUCGAGAAGCGCGAGGCCGAGGAGCGCGAGCGGCUGGCGGCCGAGCAGGAGGCGCGUGAGCGCGAUAUCGCGACGGGGAAUCCCCUGCUCAAUAGUGCGGCGGGUGGGAGUAAGGCGGCGGAUUUUAAUAUUAAGCGGCGGUGGGAUGAUGAUGUGGUGUUUAAAAACCAGGCGAGGGGGACCGAGGAGAAGGGGAAGCGGACGGAGUUUAUCAAUGACUUGCUGCGGUCGGAUUUCCACAAGAGGUUUAUGAGCAAGUAUGUGCGGUGAGUGAGCAGUUGGGGGAGGGGGGGAAGAGGGCCCAUAUGCCCGGGACGGGAUGUGUUGGGAUGGAGUGUAUUAUCACAUAGCGACAUGAUUUGUGGCAUUGGGGCUAGAAUCGGAUACGAAUGCUUUUGCUCGAGGGAACAACUGAAUCCUCAAUUUUCGUUCCAUCUCCCAACGGAUUCAGCAUCCACAGCAAGUCUCGGGGCAAAGGUAACCAAGCAACCGCACCAGUGAUUGUGAAGCACGCUCAACAAUAUGUCGAGUUACCUUGAUAGCAAGCGGCCUUAUAGUCAACCCGAGACUAGUUUGUCAACUUCCGGUACCCACCCCCCAGAGUCAACCCCGUCCUCGAGACUCGCCCUCCCCCCA